UUUCAGGCUGUCACCUUACUAGGAAUGUGGCUUAUUCCAUUUUUCUUUACAAUCAACGCACAUUGGUGGCGCUUUCUUGUCACUUGGAUUGUUUUUAGCAUCAUUACUGGAUACAUCAUCUUCAAAGCCACACGUAAACCAUUGCCUGGCAACACUCCUAGGCUAGUGUACAAGUGGUUCUAUAUCCUGUACAAGCUAAGCUAUGCAUUGGGGAUUGCUGGCUAUAGUAUAGUUAUGGGCACUUUACUUAAUUUGAAUUUUCUAUUUCUGGUUCGGACUGAAUCUGCGAUGGAUUGUGGGGUGUUGCUGCUGUUCUAUGGUCUUUAUUAUGGAGUGCUUGGUCGUGAUUUUGCUGAAAUUGUUACAGAAUUUAUGGCAGCUCAUAUAGGGUAUUAUACAAAAACUGGCCUGCCAGGAAGAACAUUAGAAGCUAACAUAUGUGCAGUUUGUGGUCAACAAAUAUUUAUACCUGAUGAAGGGGAAGAAGUCCUUGAAAGAGCCUAUGAACUAGGAUGUAGUCACAGGUUGGUGAAGAUCUGUCUGCUCUAAAAUUGUG